AUGGUGGUGGCGCCGCCGAAUGGUGAGUUUGUCAACUUCACUGUGGAGUGCGACUGGAUGCUCGUCGGCAUCAAAGUCUUAGAUCCACCAAAUAUAAGACCAUCACAACUUUGUGACAUCUUUUAUCAGUAUGGUCGUAUUUUGGAUAUUGACUUGAAAAUACCUCCAAGACCUCCUAGAUAUGCAGUCGUUGAGUUUGAGGAUCCACAUGAUGCUGAUGAUGCAAUUUAUGGCCGUGAUGAGUAUAACUUUGAUGGCUACAGGUUGCAUGUUGAAUUAGCUCAUAGUGGCAGAGGCCAGUCUUAUUCUUAUGAUCGUUCAAGCAGCUAUAUCAGUGCAUGCCGUGGAGGUGUUUCUAGGCGCUCUGAUUUCCAUGUUAUGGUCACUGGUUUACCCUCAUCGGUAUCGUGGCAAGACCUGAAGGACCACAUGCGGCGCGCUGGUGAUGUCUGUUUCUCUGAUGUAUACCGUGAGGUCGGAGAAUGGAUGUGGGCAUCAAAGUCCUAUGUGCCUAGGCUAUCCACCAAUCGUGGAGGAGGAGGUUGGACGCCAAGUGAAUGA